GAGAUCAAGCGCAGCGUGAAGACGGAAGUGCGUUAGAUUCCGUGGUGGAAAAAGUUCGUACAAGUUGUGUUCAUGCCAGUGUGAAAAAAAGUCACGUUUCUGGCUUUUGUCGACACUCAUGAGAUUGCGCUGAAGCCUUUUUGAAGACACUUUUGAAGGUAAUGAUAACUUUACGUCGUCAAACAAGACCUGAGAUGUGCUGUUUGAACUAAUUCGGGGAUUAACGCCACAUGAUAAGGAGUCAUUUUGUUUCAUAACACUGUUUCUACUCUGUUUAGGCGUUAGCAGUGCAUUGUUUUCGUUUGACAACAAGAUUAUUUGCGAGGUGUGAGCAACAAGUAAGAUAGCCCGUAUGAGUACUAAACUGUGGUGCGUUUUUAAUCAUUUGUUCGGUUUAGUGGUUUGUUAUUUCUAUUAGUAGUGCAGCUGAACUAGUUGUUUGUGGGAUCUGUGCCAGCCUAGCUCAGCCUUACCUCGCUGCCAGUGUUAAUCGGCUGAUGCUAAACUAAGUAACAUUGAUCACUCAUACGGGGAUUUACAAUCUAGCUGGCAACAAAAUUAGAUAGCAUAUUAUAAGAAACUAUGGUAUGGAUUAUUUUGGCCUCACUGUAUCCAGUCAAUCCAGCACAUUCACACCAUAGAAAUGCCAGGCAUGCUGCUGCUGUGUGCCACACCUUAUUGAGGCUUUUAGAGAAAGGAAGGAGGGACAGCGAGUUUUUUGGUGUUAUUGAUAUAAAUAAAUAGUUGUGAAAGUACCUCCCAGUCUUACUCAUCAUGGGUGAAGAAAUCCUUUCCAGAGAAUCACAACAAUAGACAGCAUUGAAGCUGCUCAAUUCAACCACGUUUGCUGGAAAGAGCUGCUCCAUCCAAUAACUGGAGGCAAAGCAGCGUGACACCCACAACGCCCCCCUCAGCCAUCUGCAGAGACAGAGACACACACUGUGUCCGAUAGGGGGUGGUUCAAUAUCUAACCUUUCAGUAGAUUUAAGUUUCUGGGAAAAGAACAAAGUUUUUUUGUCAAAUCCCAGAUCUUGGACAAGCUCAAAGGAAAACUAGUUGCAUCUCAAAGCUGUCAUUAAUGAAUUAAUCCUUAAAACACACACUCAAUGUGAUUGAUAUUAAUGAAUGCACUGAAUGUUCUUCCAUGACUUGUUUUUUUAUUUACUAGAAUUUCUGUUUGAAAAGACCAAAAUGAGGAACAAGUAUGACAAAAUGACAAUUUUGGUUUUAGGAUUGAUUUUAAAAUUUUAUAAUUAGCUUAUAAAUCUUAAAACAGGCUUACUCCUUUUUAUCUCUCUGACCUUUUAAAACCCUGUAUUUCAUCUCAGACUCUCAGAUCCUCUGACCAGUGCCUUCUGGCUGUCCUUAGGUCAAGGUCAAAGUUCAGGGGGUAACCAGGCCUUUUCCGUUGCUGCACCUAAGCUCUUGAAUGCUCUUCCCCUUCAUGUCCGACUGUCCCCCUCACUGCCUGUUUUUAAAUCAAAUUUGAAAACGAACUUUUAUUCCCUGGCUUUUAACUCCUGAGAACUUGGCCUUUUAAUCAUGUUUUUACUGAACCAUCUAUGUCCCCUGUUUUUAAUGUGUUCCUGUGUCUUGUUUUAUUGUUGUCUGGUUCUUUUUAUUUUGUUUUUAAUUCUACUGUACAGCACUUUGGUCAGCACUUUGUUGUUUUUAAAUCUGCCAUAUAAAUAAACCUGGAUUGGAUUGGAUUGGAAUUUAAAUGAGAAAAUAUUGUUUUAAAAAUAUUAUACAUUUGAUAUAAGCUAUCUCGAAAACUUGCUAAAGAUGUAUUAUUUGAAGUUUCUCAUUGUUGUGAUGAUUGCUGCAUUAUGUUGAGUAAUGUUUAUUAGGGGGAACAUAAUGUUCCAGUUUGAUGUCAGUGUGAUGUUUUCUUCACAGGGACCAGAACUUUGUGAGAAUGAAAGGUGAAGCAGGCCCAGUUCAGAUCGUGUCAGUGUGUGAGGAGGAUCACUCCUUUACUUUGGACACAGAGGCUCUGGCCAAGGUUCUGUUGGCUCCUGAGGUCCGAGACAAAAAUGUGGUGGUGCUGUCGGUGGCAGGAGCUUUCAGAAAGGGCAAGAGCUUCCUGCUUGACUUCAUGCUCCGUUACAUGUACAGGAAGGUUAGUCAAACUGUGAUCUGAAAUGUCAGGGUGUCACAUUUUUUUUAUUUUCAUCUGAACAAAAAUGAUUAUGGCGCUGUAAUUAGCCUUUUUUUCAUGCAAAAUGUGUAAAAGAAAAAUUCACAAGGUGAGGUAAGGAUCACAAGGUAAGGAAAUAGUGGUAAACCACUAAAAAUUUUUGUAUAAGAAUAAUGAAGGUGUUUGAUUUGCCAACAUCUAACAAGUUACAGCACAGCUCACAACAUCAGACCCAUGUGGAUCGAAACCGAGAUUUUUAGUCUAGAAGGCAACAGGCAACCAUGUAAAGAGAUUAUCACCACUACCAUAUGUGUGUGAACAAAUGAGGAUCUUUUUCAUUUGUAAAGUUAGGUUGGGGUGAAUUGAAGCUGUAUGUGUACUCAGCUCAGUACACAUUAUAUUUGGCUUCAUGUUAGGCUGAGUACAGAGUGUGACUGGGAAAAAAACACUUAUGAAUGUACCCAUAGUGUUCUUGUGCAAGUGUACAGAAUAAAGUAAACCAGUGUUGUAUAAGUUCACUGUGUCGAUGAUGCUCACAGGGUUACAUCCCUCACCUAAAGGGAACUUGUUACACACAGACAUAUUCUUUAUGACUGGGAAGUCACAUCAGGCGAUGCUGUCUUGUUUUGACAGUGUGAGAAUCUGGUUAAGUCAGCAAGAGCCUUGGGCUGGUAUAGCCCAUCCCCUCUGUAACAUGUGGACUAACUAGUUUUCUGAACAGAUAAUUGGGUCAUAAUUGGGUAACCUGUAGAGUCAACCUGGAUUGUCAUUUCAGGUACAUAUUUUAAGAGAACCUCACCCUUUUCAUUAUAUUUAAUACACAGAUAAGGAAAUCUUUGUGACUUUAGUAACUCCCUUUUUUGGUUUACUAAAGUGCCAAAUAUAUAUAUAUCUGGCUAAGGAGCUUGUUAGGCUAUGACUGAGUUUGCAGUCCACUUAUUACUUUCUGUGUUGUAAAUUAUGCACAGCAGCUGUGGUUUCUAUUAAUAAUUCAGCGUAACAUGUCUGCUGCUCUAGUACUGUAUUCUUCAAGGUAAUUGGAAGUACAUGACAAGGCAUGUUUCUAAUUUGAAUAAAAGCCAGAGGGUCUAAACCCAGAGUUUCUCAGUUAAGCCCCAUCCUGCCCUUUUUUUGAUCCAUAAAAACUAAGAUGUGUUUCUGCAGGGUGAUGAAAACUGGUUGGGAAAUGAAGAUGAGCUGCUGACUGGCUUUUCUUGGAGAGGUGGUUCAGAACCAGAGACGACAGGCAUCCAGCUGUGGAGUGAAGUUUUCCCAAUCAGGAAGAGUGAUGGGACAGAGGUUUGUUAUUUAUUUAUGCAUUAUGUGUAGCUCUGUGUGUUGUGUAAUGUUUGCAUGUCACUGAAAAGCUCUAGGAACAUAAAAAUAAAAGCUUUCAGGUCAAAGAUUUUGCAAAAGAAAUUCCAAACUCUGGUUCCCUAAGAGUCGACUUAAUAACUUUGAAAAUAAAAUGAUUAUAUCAAACUUAAUACUUUUGAAAACAUCUAUAUUUUGGUGCUACAUUGAAGACAGUCUUGUUUCUAAAUGUUGUUUUUGUUGUGCUACACAUACAAUCAGAAGUCAUGAUCAUACCAGUGCCCCCACAGGCUGUAAUUGAUCCUAUAAUUAACUCAACUUCCAUACAUCAAUUACAAUAAUAAACAAAAUAAUGAGAAAAUUAAUUCUGCUUUUAUUUUAUUGUGAUAUACCGAAAAUAAUUUACUGUAUCCACUCUACUAGUACAGUAUAUUUUAACAAAAAAAAAACAACCCUUUUUGGCCACACCCAGUGUUCAGCUGAUCGACUGAUUUUCUACCUCUACACCUCUAGGUGGCAGUAGUGUUGAUGGACACUCAGGGAGCCUUUGAUCACAGGUCCACUGUGAAGGAUUGUGCUACCAUCUUUGCUCUCAGCACCAUGACCAGCUCAAUACAGGUGACUGAUCUCUUAGUACUGACAGAAGCAUUUCUUAUUUACCUCAGUAUCAUCUGCUCUGACACAGUUUUUCUUUUUAGAUCUACAAUCUGUCUCAGAACAUCCAGGAGGAUGAUCUGCAGCAGCUCCAGGUCUGUGUACACUAAUUUGACUAGAGUCUACCUGAAGAAGUAUGUAUUUAGACUCAAAGUAAUUAGAGAAGCAUGUUUGGAAAUGAAGAGUGCCUUUAACUAUUUGAUUAAGUUGAUUUCAGUAAAUAGAAACAAUAAUGUAGAAGUCUGGUAAUAAGGGUUUCCUGCUUCAUACAGAAGAGCAUGUUGCUUUCUUUUUACAGCUCUAAAUGAACUGCUCUCCUUUUCUUCACAGCUGUUCACAGAGUAUGGCCGGCUCGCCAUGGAUGAGAUCUUUCUGAAGCCUUUUCAGGUACCAAACUUCCAAAAGACUUAAAUAAAAACAUCUGCAGAGGGCAUUCGAGAUGAUUUAAGUUGCUCUAUUCAAUGUGCUUCUAUAAAAAGUAAAUGUUUUUCUCUCUUAAGCUUGUUCAUCUUUUUUCUUUCAUAGUCUUUGAUGUUCCUGAUCAGGGACUGGAGCUUUCCAUAUGAAUAUCCUUAUGGAUUCAAAGGAGGCAAUGAGUUCCUUGAUAAAAGAUUACAGGUACCACAUUUGGUCUCGUUGGUUAAGCAGAAAUGAUACAUUUGACACACCUUAUAUACUAAUUUCCAUAGUAAUUUUGUGUUGUCUUUACAGGUUAGUGAGACCCAACAUGAGGAGCUGCAAACAGUGAGAGAGCACAUCAGCUCAUGCUUCACCAAAAUUUCAUGUUUCUUGUUGCCUCACCCUGGGUUGGACGUCGCCACCAGCCCCACUUUUGAGGGGCAGCUCAGAGGUAAAACCCCUUGUUUUCCGUGCUUGUUUCAACUUGUUAAAGCUGACAUGUUACUUGUUACAGUUGAGUUCACUGUUGGAUAUACUGAGUACCAUUUUCCUGAGUACUGAAGUUUUUAUUUAUUUAUUGUCAGAUGUGGCCCCGGAGUUUAGAGAGGAGCUGCAGAGUCUGAUCCCCAAACUGCUGCAUCCGGAUCGUUUGUGUGAGAAAGAAAUCAAUGGAAACAAAGUCACCUGUCGUGGGCUGCUCGAAUUCUUCAAGGUAACGUUUUUAUUUCAUCUGAGAUUUUUCUGCUGAUCUUGCACCUUUUUUUUUAUAUCUGAAAUGUGAUGUCGUUGGAUCAGGCUUACAUCAAGAUCUACCAGGGAGAGGACCUGCCACAGCCAAAGACUAUGCUCAUGGUAUUUAUGUUUAUUAUUUCUUUUCUGUUCUUUAUUAAUCUGUUUUUGAGAAGUAAAUACUAGAGCACACUAGAGCCUUUUAUUGUUAUUGCUAAUUUUAACAAAGAGAUAGGCUUUCAAAAUUCAUAAUACUCAACAAAAAUAAGACAAGACUGUAGAUAAUAUAAGCUAAAUAAUAAGACUGUGCAUCAAAAGAAAACAAAGAUCAUAGAGCAAUACCCCAACUACAAACUUAAAUAUAAUCAGACACAAAGAAACUGGAACUCAAAAGCUUAAGGUUUUAGCGUGUGCUGGAUUGAAAUAAUAAAUAGGCAUGAGUAAUAUUGACUUGUCUGAUUUGUUGGUUUGUUUUCACUCUACAUGUUCCUGUUUGUCUCAUCAGGCCACCGCAGAGGCUAAUAACCUGGCAGCUGUGGCAGCAGCCAAAGAUCAGUAUUACAAGGACAUGGAGAAGGUGGGUUCACCAACUACUGUCUUCUCUAUAGUUGGUGUAUUUUUUUAACCAACAGAGUAAGGCUAUAUAACCCUGUUGUAUUCUGUAAGAAACACCUGGUUAUGUUUGUGUAAUUCUGAACACCAAAGUCUUUUUCUUCCUGAUUAUCUCAAAGGUGUGUGGGGGGGACUUGCCGUAUGUGUCCCCUGAGAUUUUGGAGGAAAAACAUCAGUUUAACUUCAAAGAGGCUCUUCACUCCUUCUCCUCCACCAAGAAGAUGGGUGGACAAGAGUUUUGUGAUCGUUACCAAGGACAGUUGGAAAAGGAGCUGGAGGAAAUGUGGCUGUCAUACAGCAAGCACAAUGAGGUAGGAGAAUGCCUCCGAAAAAUAGAAAUUACUCCAUCUGCCUUUAUAGUUUUAAAAUCUUAUGUAAUAUCACAUGUCAUGUUUUCUCUGGUCUGUUUCAGCUCUGAGUUUGAACUAUUUUAAUUGUUUUUAUCACUUCUGUCCACUGAGUGAGCUUUAAUUUGGUUUUCCCUCGUUUUUAAUAUAUUUUAAAACAAUUGACACUUAGGACAAAAAUGUCUUUGUGCCCCAAAAGAACUGGGUGGACAACAUGUUGCUAACCCUCUGGUCUGAGAAAUGGGGAGUCAAACUCCAACAGAGAGCAAGGGGGCCCAGAAACGUGAAGUUUGCCACAUAUUAUUUAAUCAACAUGUUGGAUGUCACAGAGAACUUCAUAUACACCAAAUAUGACAAAAUCAGAGAACUUCAAGAGAAAAUGACCAGCGCUGAGUGACAGAGCUUAACGCUGCUCUAAAAGAGACGAUGAAUAUUUCAGUUUUUAUUUACUCUGUUGGCAUUGAACACAGUUGGCCCUAUUUGCUUUCACUCUCCUGGUCCAGGAUCUGUGUGUGGAGGGUCCUGGAAUUUGCAAAGGAGUUUUGGCAGACACGAAUUUUAGCAGUGUGAAUCUGUGCUUGAUUACUCUUCCUCACAGAUGUAGGUGACAUAACGGUUGUGCCACGCUGGACUGAAAUUGAACUCUUUAUUUUUGAAUUUAAGGAAAAUAGAGAGUUGAAUUUUAAAGUAGGUUGAAUACUCUUUCAAAUCAAAUAAAUUCAGUUUCAAAACAUUAAUUUCAAUUCUUUCUUUUCAAAUUCAACAUCAUUAUUCAAUUUCAGUUUCAGCAGUGAGCAGGAUGAAUAGUUUGAAAACAUGAUGGAAAAUGAGGAGCACAUCCAAACCAUAGUCAUGUUUUAAAUUAGACUAAAACUGACACUAACCUGAGAGUGUAGACAAAUAUAUAACUCACAGUGAACAAGUAAUUAUUUAAGAUGGUGUACCAGAUUUACUACACGCUGCCAAAGUUGUUAUUUUGCCCUUGCUGUGAACAAAAGUUAGAUUAUCAUUGUUCUUGUCAUGUUUUUGUGUGUCAAGGCUUUUUUGAGCCUCUAUCAGAGAGGGCAGGACAGUGGAUAGAGCAGGAAGCUGGGGGAGAGAAUGGGGAGCGGCACACAGGAAAGAAGCCCCCAGCUGGAAUCACAAACUGUUUUGAAAGUUUGCAAAUCAUUCAAACACUGUACUGACUUUAAACUGCAAGGCAACACACCAAGUGCUGAAUUUGAACAGUUUUACUCUUUUGUUAAAAACUAUUUGCUCAUUUUAAAUUUGAUGCCAGCAACAUAUUUCAAAAAAAUUGGGACAGGAUCAACAAAAGAGCGAAAGAGUUGUCAAAUGGCAAGGCGGAGGAGUGGAAAACUGUCCUGUGGACCAGUGAGUGAAAAUUUGACAUUUCUUUAUGGGAAUCAUCGAGGCCUGACCCUCCACUCUAAAGGGACUACCAGCACAUAGUUCAAAGGCCAGCACCCAGCAGCAUGCAUCUGUGUUGUAAGAGUCCAGGUGCUAAACUGGGUUGCCUGCAUUCUCAACUUGUCACUCAUGAGAACAUUUGGCUAAACCUAAAAAUUCAAUAAAAGAGACCUGAUCGGGUGAGCAGCAGUUGUCGUACAGCAGGAAAGAGCUGGACAACAUUUCACUUUGAAACUUGAGAAACUGGUCUCCUCUGUUCUCAAGCAUUUAUCAUAUCUUUGUUGAGUGAUAAUAAAAUCAUCUUUUCUAAAAGAUGAUGCCGGCACCAAAUUUAGGAGCAUAUAUUUUCACAGAGUAACAAAUUUGUCCAUUUCUACAGAUGCACUAUCUCCACUUUAUUAUAGAGUUUAAAUGACUGGUGUUGAGGUUGUGUCAGUGCUUCAUUCUAUCAUGUUUUGGCAGUAUAGUGAUUCACUUUGUGUUGUUAACGUUCUGUUUUUUCUGUCUUGCAAAAGUCCAAAAAUCUCUUCAGCGCGUUCCGCACACCUGCAGUGCUGUUCGUCCUGGUGUGCCUCCUCUACGUGCUGUCAGGUGUGUUGCUCUUUGUCGGCCUCUCUACCUUCGCCCUGGUGUGUGACUGUACUCUCGGUGUGGUCAUGAUGUCCAUGCUGACGUGGGCCUUCAUCCGCUACUCCGGGAGGUACCAGCAUGUAGGGGGAGCCAUCGACCAGGCCGCUGGUGUCGUCCUGGAGCAGGUGAGGAGAAUGGGAUGACAGUGGUUCUUAUUGUGAUAAGGUUUGCAACGGCAAUGACCCAUGAAUUUAAGUAACUAGAGGGAGCAGGUCAUAGUGAGGGGAAUACCAAAAACACACUCAACAAUCCCAGAGUGAGAGAAAGAAGCACUAAUCUUUUGUUUGGCUUAAGUGCUUGUUUACAGCAUCAUGUUCUGUGUAGCAUACCAUCAAUGGAUACAAGCACAGUAUUACUUUGGAUUCCAAACACUCCCAGCAUUGUGCAACAGAUUUAUUUUAUUUUUAUCCAGAAAACAACAGACACAGAAGGUGACACUUAUUUGGAUGUUAUCAUGAUAGGAAACCAAUCAGAGUAACUGCUUGGACAUACUUCGAAUGUCACCUUAUAAAUAGUAUAAUCUAGUUUGCCAUCCGUAAAAGUUUAUGCAAAAGCUGUUGGGGCAUUGAGAUGUUUCCUUUGGCUAAGGUAAGGUCAUAUCAGAAGAAGGUCUUUGCUUUUGCAGCUGCUUUAAAUCACAGGUUGGUCAUGUGGCCGCUCGCCAACUGCUGUGUCUGCAAUCUGCACACUUCUCAUGAUGUCAUCGGACUCAUUUGGUGUUUGGCCAUCAGCAGAUGAGAAGCCCUGAUCAAGACUAACUACCAGCUACAAUAUUAGUGGACCCUUGAGAGUUUUUGCAGAGCAUAUUAAUAUAAAUUUAUCAUUUAACAUGUGACAUUGAUAAUGCCACAUUUUUUAAUCCCGGAAGAAACGUAAUGUUGCACUACCUGUGACUGAUAUGUGGUGUAGAGAAAGAAACAGCAGAAUCAAAGAGAAAAGUGCAGACUCUGAACUUGAUCACCUCUGUUCAGCUGACAUGAAGACAUCAGCUGAUAUGUUAUUUUGAAAUUGACAGAAAUUGUUGCACCCUUUCUGAUAGAUGAUGGAAGACAGGAUAACAGUCAGGGGGAAGAGCAUACUUAUGCAGAGUAACACAGAUUUCUACCAGGUCAUAAACUUUUGGCUUUGUAAACUACAGAGAAGUGACAUAUUUUCCAAGUUUGUUGUUAAGAACAAAAACUAUGACUUAAGGUUGGGUGACAUAAAUUCAUCUGAUAUAAUGGAAUUUAGGGUUACUGACAAUCCGCACUCAUCAUGUAAAUCAGCAUUGGACUGUUAGGUAGUGUGACUAUCAGAGCGAAUCCAGUGUCAAAUUUCCAAACAGUGAAUUAAUGACAGUGAGGGCCAGAUAAGAUAGAUGUUUGUUUUCUUGUCUCUGAUUUGCUGUUUUUAUGAUCACUCCUUGAUUACACUUUCCAACCACAAAAGAAUUGAUUUGAACCACUUCUAUUAUUCAUUAGUCUAUUUCCUGAAAAUAUAUUCAUUACUCUUUGUAAACAUAAUUGCUUUUAGCAGUGAGUUCUGUUGACGGAUGAGAAUUAACGUGUGGCGCUUAUACAGAACUGGACUCACAAAUCACAAAAACUAAUGGAACUAACACACCCUUAGUCUUAAAGCCUUACUUUCAACCCUCUUGAGGCCAUUUUUAGAUUUCUCACUAGUCAGCAUUUUUUCCUGAAGACAAGCAGAAGUGGUUUGUCUGAUCGAAACCACUCUGUUCAGUGACUCAAGUUCAGUGUGACAGUUGUUAACUCAGUGAAUGUUGUGGGAGGAAAAAACAUGACAAUGCAAUGACUUUUCGUUUCUCCUCUGCUUCUAGGCGACCGUGGCGUUGAACAAGUCAAGAGGUGUGAACACCGGUGACCAGAAGAAAUCCAGUUAGGGGACCUCUGUUUCAUCGUAAAGUUGAUGCACCCCGCACACAACACAAGCACACAUUCAGCUCUAAAGCCUUAUAAUGCCUCCCAGUGGACCAAACAGAAAGCUAAACUACAUCGGCACAAGGUUAAAAAAUAAGAAAAAAAAAGUCAAUUCACCAGCAUCUCUAUUAUGCACAUUACGGUGCCUGACAAAGUUCAGGCAUGUAUUCAGGUGGCUGGAUUCACUAAGGCAGGGGGUCAAACAUUCAAACCCCUCUAAAUGAUACUUGAUGCUUUCAUUUAAAAACUGCCAUAAUUUUGAUAAGUUUACAAUUGGUCUUGGAAGACAAGUCAAUGUUUACCUGAAAAAUAACAAAACACUUCAGUUUUCUAUCUCUGUGCAUAAUCUUUACUUUUCUUUGCGUUGUUACAGUCAGGAGCUUUCAGGGUGCUUUUCAAACAAAGUUUCUGCGGUUUUUCUUUUAUGAACUACCUUUCAAAAUGCUGGCUUUAAAGCUCUAACACUUACAGAUGUUCACUUAUGGCUGUAUUUUUUUUACUUUGUGGCCUUAAAUACAUUCCAUACUGUUGGAUUUGCUUUAUAUUUGAUAUAAACUUGCAUAUAAAAAGGGUGAGCUGUCACUACUUUUAAAGGAGGAGAGCAUACGCACUUUCUUAAGGUUCAGUAGGUUUUGUUAGAUGUGUUUCGUGAGAGCUCUGUAGAAUCUCGUUUACUUCAAAUGCUUUGCUGCUUUUUCUUGGAUUUGUGUUACACUUUGUACAAGAUUUUUUGAUACUGUUUACUGGACUUCUGCAGGUAAUAUGUACAAGGACUUAUACUGUGCUAAACUUUCUAGCUCCAAAGAUGAGGCUUAUUUGGAAUACUUCAAAGUAUACUAAAUAUCCACCAAAAUAAAACUAGCAACCAAACAGCCAAAGAGUAAGCUUGACAUAUACUGGUAGCUAUAAGUAUGCAUUGACCUAGUACUCUUGUUACUUUAGAUAAAAGCAGCUUGAAUGAAAAAUAACACUUUGAAAUCAAUGGAAAAUAGCACUUAUUGUUUUCAGAGACUUCACAUCUUAACAAAUUAAGCACUUUGUCCUCGAUCUAUACAUGAAAUGAUAUCAGCUUGUUUGAACCUCCAGAAACCAUUCCCUGAUGUAAUGCUGUUACUACUUACCUCUUAGUGUCUGUGCAUUCUUGUUUACAGAUGCUCUUUUUCCAUAAAUGUCUGAAAAAUGGGUAGAUGCAGGAGGUUGUCAGCAAAGCCUGAAAUACAUGCAUGUUUGGAUCAGAGACUUGUUUAAAAUCACCUCCAAGUAAUGUUUGUAAAACAUUUAAAAUCAUUCACAAAAAGGUAGAAAAAAGCUGCCUAACUGCGCUCUAACAAUGAUUCAAAUGUAUAGGUCAUAAUAAUACAGGGCCAAUCUACAGUAAUAUUGAAGGUAAGACUCUCGGUUUCUAGUUUUUUUUUUGACUAUCGUAACACAUUCCAUGUCUGUCAUUCUACAAGAGGAGAAAACUACAUGUUUUACAAGCAUUCACUUUUGCACUUUCCAUCCUCUUUGGUGCUCUUUGCACUCGGCUCAUUGAGAAUUAAAAAUAAAAUGCAUGCAAUAUUGUAAUAAUGGUCAUGUACUCAUGUUUUGCAGGGCUGUGGUAGCCUUGACUUGAGAAAUGCUGUUUUAUAAGGAAUAAACAGAGCUUUAAACUGAUAAUGCA